AUGAAUUUUACCUUCAGUGUCAGCAAUGGAAAUGAUUCAUUUGAUAGGGGAUUUUAUUUAACUGCUUUCAACACACUGGCCAACAAGAACUACCUGAUACUAGCAUUCGUAAUUAUCUACCUGAUCACUUUGCUAUGUAAUCUUACUCUACUGGCUGUAGUCAUGAUGAACUCCAGUUUACAAAACCCUAGGUUCCUUGCUAUUUGCAACCUUGCCAUUGUUGACAUUUCGAUAAGCAGUGUUAUCAUUCCACAAAUGGUCCCUGUGUUUGUAUUCAACCUCAAUCACAUCUCAUUUGGCACAUGCUUCUCCCAAAUGUUUUUCCUGCACUUUUUCGGUGAUAUGGAGUCCUUUUCUCUCGCCCUUUUGGCUUAUGAUCGUCUGGUUGCUAUUUGCUUUCCUCUGCGCUACCCAACUAUAAACACUAAUCUGAGGAUGGGACUUAUCAUAGCUGCCAUUUGGUUUCUGGUGUUUCUGAUCGAGGUUUACCCAGUAACUCUGGCAAGUCUCCUCCCCUACUGCAACUCAAGAGUGGUGGGGAGUUGUUGCUGUGAACAUGGCCCAGUUUUCGUUCUAGCUUGUGCAGAUAUCUCUUAUAACAAGAGAUUGGUAACUGCCAAGUCUCUAAUGGUUUUGUUUGGUCCUCUGACAUUCAUUAUUUGUUCUUAUGCUAUAGUAAUUAUUGCAGUGUUACGAAUUGCAUCAGCAACCCAGCGCUGGAAGGCCUUCCACACCUGCCUCACUCACCUACUCUUGGUCUUAAUUUAUUAUCUGCCAGUGAUCUUGUCUUAUAUACUGGGGAAUCUGCGAUUAAUACAAUCAAUAGAUAUGUACACAGCAAUUCUGACCAUAUUUGUUACCCUUCCAUCACUGCUAAACCCUAUCAUAUACAGCUUAAAGACUGAAGAACUGCGAGACAAAGUGCUCAAAUUUCUUAUUACACCAAAAGUAGCACCACACUUGCGUAAGCAAGAAGCAGCGAGUUAG